UUCAUGCUCUCACCAGGAGAAGAAGAGAACCAUAGUGAAAUCCAAGAGAGUAAUAAUGAUGAACACCAGAGUCUUGCCAUCACCAACUACACCGGAGAGGCAAGAGAUGAUUUGAGUGCAUCAAUUAAUCGCUUCGUGGAGACUCUAAAUUACUUCAACUUGCGCAAUUUGGGGUACCCUAGUAAUCAAGAGUUGAAGUAUGAUGGAUUGGGAGCAUUGCUUAAUUAUCACAUAAACAAUGCAGGAGAUCCAUUUAAAGGGAGCAGCUUUGGUCUAAACUCAUCGGAAUUCGAAGUGUGCGUGCUUGAUUGGUUUGCAAAGUUAUGGGACAUACACAAGGGUCACUACUGGGGAUACGUCACUACCGGUGGGACUGAAGGAAAUCUUCAUGGCAUUUUAAUAGGGAGAGAGCAACUUCCAGAUGGAAUUCUAUAUACUUCACAGGAUUCACAUUAUUCAAUAUUCAAAAUAGCAAGAAUGUAUCGAAUGCAAUGCGUGAAGGUUGCCACUUUAAUCUCUGGUCAGAUUGAUUGCAAUCAUUUAAAGGCUUUACUACUUGCUCACAGGAAUAAGCCAGCCAUUAUCAAUCUUAACAUAGGGACAACUAUGAAAGGAGGAGUUGACGACCUUGAUCUUGUAAUACAGACACUUGAAGAAUGUGGUUUCACUUCUGAUCGAUUCUAUAUUCACUGCGAUGCAGCAUUGUUUGGAGUGAUGCUGCCUUUUCUCAAGAGAGCACCAAAGAUUACCUUCCAGAAAUCCAUUGGAAGUGUAACUAUUUCUGGCCAUAAGUUCUUGGGAUGUCCAAUUCCAUGUGGUGUUGUAAUAACUCGUUUGAAAUACAUCAAUAAUGCCCUAUCCAAGGAUGUUGAAAUCAUUGGUUCAAGGGAUGCUACAAUAACAGGUAGCCGUUGUGGACAUACCCCUAUCUUCCUUUGGUAUCGUCUCAAAAGCAAAGGAUUAAAAGGGCUCAAGAAAGACGUUGAGAAGUGCAUAAUGAAUGCAAGUUACUUACAUGGUCGAUUGCGUGGUGCUGGCAUUGGUGCAAUGUUGAAUGAGUUUAGUAACAUCGUUGUGUUUGAGAGGCCUCAAUUAAAUGAUGAUAAUGAUGACUUUACUCGUCGGUGGAGUUUGGCGUGCCAAGGGAAAAUUGCGCACGUUGUUGUCAUGCAGCACGUGACCACUAAAAUGCUUGACUCUUUUGUUAGUGAGUUUCUUCAGAAAAGGUUUCAGGCUCAGUGCAUUGCAGACCAUGUUGGUUCCUCAAAUUGUUCUUGUUCCAUGCAUGAUGGUUUUCUUCAUUGAGACUACUUAUGUGAGAUGAUGCAUUUUGUCAAUCCAACAAUUGAAUUUUAAUAUUUAUUAUGUACUACUUCUGUUAUAUAAAAUGGGGAUAUAACAGAAAUUUUAUGCACAAUUUUAUAGAGA